AUGGAAGGAGUAGCUGCACAAGUGGUUUGCGAUUGCGGAAUCCCAUGUCGCCUACAGAUUUCUUCAACGGAUAGGAACCCCACUCGAAGAUUUUACGCUUGUUCAAAGCGAACUAAUCAGUGUAAUUUUUUUGCCUGGCUAGAGAAUGACAUGCCUUACCAAAUGUCGGUGGUCCGAAACUUGAAACUUGACCUCCAUGUCAUGACUGUUGAACUGGAGGAGGCCAAAAGUUUGCUUGCUGCUAAAAAGGACGAGUUCCAGGGAUUGAAGGAGUCCCAUGAAAUGUACAUAGACGAAAAUCAGGGAUUGAAGGAGUCCAUUGAGAUGUAUCGCGAUGAAAAUGGAAUCUUGUUUGAGGAAAGCGGUCUACUUUUUAUGGAGAUAGACAUACUGAAGGGCCAGAUCAAGGACAUGGAGGUCAAGUGUGCAGACUUGGAGAGGUCAACCAGGAACAUGAAGUUUGGUUUUUGUGCUGCUUGUGCAGUUGCAGGAUGCAGUGUAGGCUUGCAUUGCAUGAGGAAAAAUUGAAUAAUUAUUAAAUGAUGUUGCUUCAUUAUUAUUAUGGGUUG